UUCUUUUCAUUCUUGAAUACCAAAAUUGACUAAACCCUAAAUUUCCUUUCAUUCUUCCUCCUCAGACGUUACGAUCUCUCAAGUGAAGAUCUGGAGAAUUUUAUUUCACAACAUAAUAACCGAUGAUAGAGAUAUGAUCUACAAUCGCAAAUAUGUUCAUCGAAGAUUCCAUGUUCUCGUGACCGAUCCAAACGCAGAUCUAUUCUUCGGCAUGAUGUUCCGCCGCCUGCCGUCCGCUGAUAGAGAUUACACAAAAUCUGUUCAUCGGCUUGAUGUUCCGCCGUCCGUUGAUAGAGAUUACAAAAAAUGAUCUACAAUCGCAGAUAUAUUCAUCGAAGAUUCCCUCUGAAUCGCUUGUGCUUGAACGCAUUAACAAAGGAUUCCAAAUCAAGGUUAUUCACUUCCAGAUUCAUCCAGAUAAGAUCCAGAUCAAAAAGAACUUCACAGUAUAAGAGGACUUCAUUCUGAGACUCUAAGGUAAUCGGAUUUUGAUUUGUGUUGAAUUUUGGUUUGAAUGAACAACACAUUUUGGUUUGUAAGCGUCUUUUUGGGUACUUAGAUUUGGUUGUAUAUUCUGUUUGUAUGAAAUGAAGAUGGGAUUUUGUUAUUAUUACAGUGUAUUAAGGUCAAAGUAACCAAAUUUGGGGAUAAUUUGUUUGAAAAAGCACAUUCAAACACCCUUUAACUAGAAUAAAAGAUGCAUUUGUUAGGCAUUUAAUGCCUUUAUAAGGUUUAGAAACGUAGUCUUAUCUAAUGUAGUCACAUUGGAAUCUGUGUUAUUUCAACAACUACACCGUAUGCCAUGCUCCCCUCAGAUUUGAUGGAAGGAUAUAAGGCUUCUGAGACAGGUCAAAACUUGGAACAGGUGAUUUAUAAGAUAAAAUUGCCUGGACCUGCAAUAUUAGGAGAAAGAAAGCCUGAGAAUCAGAAUCAUGCAAUCAUUUUCACACGUGGAGAGGGCUUGCAGACUAUAGACAUGAAUCAGGAUAAUUAUAUAGAAGAGGCGUUAAAAAUGAGGAACUUUCUUCAAGAAUUUCGUAAAAAACUUGAUGAUGUGAGGUACCCGAUGAUAUUAGGACUUAGGGAGCAUAUUUUCACUGGAAGUGUUUCUUCUCUUGCAUGGUUUAUGUCUAAUCAAGAAACAAGUUUUGUAACAAUUGGUCAAAGAUUGCUGGCCAAACCUUUGAAGUUGUUUCACCUUACCAGAGGAGGUGUCAGCAAAGCCUCUAAGAUUAUAAAUCUAAGCGAGACAUAUUUGCUGGUUUUAAUUCUACCCUACGAAUCCUAAACUUUUAUAUAAAGUACAAAAUAUAUUUAAAAUUAAAGUUGGAUAUUAUAAUGAUUACCGAUGAUUUUCAGCCACGUGAAACAAGCUAUGCGGCUCUUAAUGAUGGUCGGAAACUAUGUUUAGAGUGUCUUGACUCGUCAGUUAUGGAUACAAGCGAGUGUCAACAAUUGGUGUUGAUAUUUAUUGUGUGGUUCUUGAUACUACAGCAGGAGUUUGGUUCGAUACAAAAUCUGUUGUGACGUGUCCAAGGACUGGUAGAUACAGUGCUGAUGCUACUGGCAGAGAUGCCGCGGUUGAAUUAACAAGGCGGUGUAGGCACGCGGCUGGCUGCUGUAGGGGAUUUAAUUUUCAUUUACGGUGGUUUACGCGGAGGGGUAUUGUUAGAUGAUCUUUUAGUUGCUGAAGACCUGUUUGGUGCUUCUGUCCUUUGAAAAGGCUAUUUUGUUGGGGGUUCUUUGAUUAUAGGGUUUUUAGUGAUGCAAGUUUAGUAACAGGGAUUCGGUUUUUUCCUACUAAAUUUAGUUCAUUUUCAUACAUCUUAUUAAUCUAUGGAUGCAAUGGUAUAUAUGUAACUAGGUUAAUAACAAAUAAUAUAACUAAGUUUCCCGAGCCCGGAAAGCAAUCCUAGAUAUGCUUAUAACAAAACGAUUUGGGAAGUUUUGUGUAAAAGUUUAAUGAAAUAAUAUGUUACAUUUUAACAAAAAAAAAA